UAUUUAUAGCCUUAAACGUCAGCGUACUCCAAUCAGGAUUUGGAAGAAUUUUUGGGUUUCUUUUUAUUUUUUCUUAAGGACUUUUCUACCAUUUCAUUUUCAGGGACGAACAUAUUACAUUUAAGCCAGUUUGGGUAGAUUACGAGCUGGAUUUGUGAGUAGUACACACACUGUUUUAUUUCCUUUGCAAGUUUUUUCUAUCCUCUCAAGAGUUUACUGUGUCCCUUCUUCUUCUUUCUUCUUUUCCUUCCUUUUUGUUUCAAUCUUUUGGGCGGGCACUAGAGCGGAAAAGAAACAAUUGUUGGGUAUUUGAGGCUUUGUGGUUCUCGGUACAUGUGGUGGGGUUAUAGCCCUUGAAGUAGUAGCUGUUCUGUAGCAGAGAAAAAGAAAAAAAGUUUCCUUUUAAGGAAAACUAGUACAGUUUUUGGUGGUGGAAAUUUUGUUUUGAAGUAUUGGAGUGUUGUGCUCUUUAGGGUAUUUUGGUACUCGAAGAAGCUGCAUUUGUCUCUGCAAAAGAUUGGAAAUUUGAGCCCCACAUUAGUUCUUUGAACGAGGGUAAUUCCUUGUUCAAUUAUUGCAGAGUUGUCCUUUUCUGGUGUUUCGAUCUCCUUGGAGAAAAAGCUUUGUUUGAUUUUCUCUGCUUCGAGAGAACCAAUAAAUGGCAGGAGGUAGAAGAAGGAAACUGCAUUUCAGCAAGAUCUACUCUUUUGCUUGUGGAAAGGCAUCAUUCGAGGAUGACCAUUCACAGAUUGGGGGGCCUGGAUUUUCUAGGGUGGUUUAUUGCAAUGAACCUGAUUCAGUUGAGGCGGGAAUGCAUAAUUAUGCGGAAAACUAUGUGAGUUCAACUAAGUAUACUAUUGCUACUUUCUUGCCUAAAUCAUUGUUUGAGCAGUUUAGAAGGGUAGCGAACUUCUACUUCUUGGUUAUCGGCAUCUUGUCGUUCACUCCUCUCGCACCUUACUCAGCUGUCAGUGCUAUUCUCCCUCUAAUCAUUGUAAUUGGGGCAACCAUGGUGAAAGAGGGCAUAGAGGAUUGGCAGCGGAAAUUGCAGGAUAUUGAGGUGAACAACAGAAAAGUUAAGGUUCGCCAAAGUGAUGGUGUUUUUAAAGACACUGAGUGGAAGAACCUGAGAGUGGGAGAUAUUGUGAAGGUGCAGAAGGAUGAAUUCUUUCCAGCAGACCUCCUUUUGCUUUCUUCCAGUUAUGAGGAUGCAAUCUGCUAUGUUGAGACCAUGAACCUUGAUGGGGAGACAAAUUUGAAACUAAAACAGGCAAUAGGGGCAACUUCAUAUCUAAAUGAUGACUCAAACUUCCAGGAUUUCAAGGCUAUUAUAAAAUGUGAGGACCCAAAUCCCAACUUGUACUCUUUUGUUGGAAGUUUGGAGCUUGAAGAGCAACGGUAUCCCCUCACUCCACAACAAAUUCUCCUCAGAGACUCAAAACUCAGAAAUACAGACUACAUAUAUGGGGCAGUUAUCUUCACUGGCCGUGACAGCAAGGUUCUCCAAAAUUCCACAGACCCCCCUUCGAAGAGAAGCAAAAUUGAGAAGAAGAUGGAUCGCAUUGUUUACCUCUUGUUCGGUAUAUUAUUUUUAAUAUCUUUUGUGGGAUCAAUUAUUUUUGGCAUUGAAACUAAAGAGGACUUGGAAAAUGGGAGGAUGAAAAGGUGGUAUCUUCGACCAGAUGAUUCGACAAUUUUCUUCGAUCCUGAAAAGGCUCCAGCGGCUGCAAUUUAUCACUUUCUAACGGCCUUAAUGUUAUAUAGCUACUUCAUCCCAAUCUCCUUGUAUGUGUCAAUUGAAGUUGUGAAAGUUCUCCAGAGUAUAUUCAUCAAUCAAGAUAUCCACAUGUAUUAUGAGGAGACUGACAAACCGGCAAAAGCGCGGACAUCAAAUUUGAAUGAGGAACUUGGCCAAGUUGACACUAUACUUUCUGAUAAGACCGGUACAUUGACCUGCAAUUCAAUGGAGUUCAUCAAGUGUUCUGUUGGAGGGACAGCUUAUGGCAGUGGUGUUACAGAGGUUGAGAGGGCAAUGAACAGAAGGAAGGGUUCACCUUUGGUCGAUGAAAAUAUGAAUGGCUGGGAUGAUCACAUCAAUGAUUCUCCUGAUAGAAAACCACACAUUAAGGGAUUUAAUUUUGAAGAUGAAAGGAUAAUGUCUGCAAAUUGGGUUAAUGAGCCUCAAGCAGAUCUCAUCCAGAAGUUCUUCCGCCUGUUGGCACUUUGUCAUACAGCCAUCCCUGAAGUGGAUGAGGAUACAGGAAAGGUUUCAUAUGAAGCAGAAUCUCCUGAUGAAGCAGCUUUUGUUAUUGCUGCUAGAGAACUUGGUUUUGAAUUCUACAAUAGAACACAAACACGCAUCUCAUUACGUGAAUUUGAUCCUCUAACUGGCAAAAGAGUUGAAAGGCUGUUUGAACUUUUGAAUGUGUUAGAGUUUAACAGCACAAGAAAGCGGAUGUCUGUGAUAUUGAGAGAUGAGGAAGGAAAACUAUUAUUACUAAGUAAAGGUGCUGACAGUGUCAUGUUUGAAAGGCUUGCCAAGAAUAGUGGCAAGUUUGAAGAGCAGACCAGGCAGCAUGUGGAUGAGUACGCUGAUGCAGGUCUGAGGACCCUUAUUGUUGCCUAUCGUGAACUUGAUGAGGAAGAAUACAAAGAGUUCAAUGAGAAGUUCACUGAGGCUAAGAACUCAAUUAGUGCUGACAGGGAAAUGCUGAUUGAUGAAGCAACAGAGAUGAUUGAGAAGGAUCUAGUUCUUCUAGGUGCGACUGCUGUUGAGGAUAAACUUCAAAAUGGGGUCCCUGACUGCAUAGACAAGCUUGCCCAAGCAGGCAUUAAAAUUUGGGUUUUAACGGGAGACAAGAUGGAAACUGCCAUUAAUAUUGGUUAUGCUUGUAGUUUGCUAAGGCAAGGCAUGAAGCAGAUUAUGGUAAAUUUGGAUAGUCCAGAUAUUCAAGCAUUGGAAAAGGCAGGAGACAAGGCUGCGAUCACCAAGGCAUCAAGGGCAAGUGUUCUCCGCCAGAUUACUGAAGGGAAGGCUCAGCUUACUGCAGCUGGUGGAAGUAAUGACGCAUUUUCUUUGAUCAUUGAUGGGAAAUCGCUUGCUUAUGCUCUAGAGGAUAAUAUGAAGCAAAUGUUUUUAGAUCUUGCUGUUGGAUGUGCAUCUGUUAUAUGCUGUCGUUCAUCCCCAAAACAGAAGGCACUGGUUACGAGACUAGUCAAAGAAGGAACUGGGAAAAUAACACUAGCAAUUGGUGAUGGUGCCAAUGAUGUGGGAAUGCUUCAAGAGGCAGAUAUUGGGGUUGGCAUCAGUGGCGUGGAAGGGAUGCAGGCUGUUAUGUCAAGUGAUAUUGCAAUUGCUCAGUUUCGAUAUUUGGAGAGAUUGCUACUUGUGCAUGGACAUUGGUGCUACAGGAGGCUUUCAUCAAUGAUCUGCUACUUCUUCUACAAGAAUAUCACAUUCGCCUUCACUCUUUUCUUAUAUGAGGCAUAUGCAUCAUUCUCGGCAACUCCGGCAUAUAAUGAUUGGUUCUUGUCAUUGUAUAAUGUCAUAUUCACUUCACUACCAGUGGGAGCUUUGGGUGUUUUCGACCAGGAUGUAUCUGCACGUCUCUGUCUGAAGUUUCCUCUACUAUACCAAGAAGGAGUGCAAAAUGUCUUGUUCAGCUGGCGGCGCAUCCUUGGCUGGAUGUUUAAUGGGAUCUACAGUGCAAUUAUUGUUUUCUUCUUCUGCACAAAAGCACUGGAGCACCAAGCUUUCAACAAUGAUGGCAAAACUGUAGGCAUGGAGAUUCUGGGAACAACCAUGUAUACGUGCAUCGUCUGGAUUGUGAACUUGCAGCUGGCGCUCUCGAUUAACUACUUCACCGUAAUAGCACAUUGUGUCAUUUGGGGUUCAAUUGCUCUGUGGUACAUUUUCAUGAUGGUAUAUGGUGCCUUGCCUGCCAGUUAUUCAACCACUGCUUACCGAGUCUUCGUUGAAGCUCUAGGCUCCGCCCCCUCGUACUGGUUCGUCACCAUUUUUGUGGCAAUCUCUGCACUAAUCCCAUACUUCGUAUACUCGGCAGUCCAAAUGCAGUUCUUCCCCAUGUACCAUAACAUGAUACAGUGGAUAAGAUACGAAGGAAACUCGAAAGAUCCUGAAUAUUGUGAUAUGGUUAGGCAGAGAUCCCUACGACCAACAACCGUGGGUUUCACGGCACGCAGAGCAGCAAGAACCAGUCGUCUAAGGAACAGAAUUCAAAAUCACAAGUGACGUUAAUUUGUUCUCGCACGGUGGCUGGCUGUUGAUCUGUGCUGAAAUCAAGGCACGCUGUAAAUUACUGUACUGAGAGUGUGUGCUUGUAUACUUCAGGAUUGCUAGAUGACCAUGUAAAGAAGCAGCAUUGAGUAGUAUGCCUGUAUCAUACAAUCCCACACCUGUAAAUCUUGAUUUUUUUUUCAUUAGGGUUCACUUUUUUUCUUUCUUUUUGUUUUUCUUUUUGCCAUAUGGAUGCUCAUUCAUCAAGCAUCUUGUAUUUGAUUUGUGGGUUAUCUAGUACAGAAAAUAAUUUACAUGCUAUCUUCAACUGUUCAUUAUUUUUUGGGUUAUCCAUUUUGCUUAAAAGCUUUAUUC